AUGUGCAUAACCAAGGAUCUCGAGGGCAAAGAGGAGAGCCUGAUUGGGGACGACGACGGCCUCCAACACGCCUACUUCUCCAGGCCGUCUUCGCCCACUCAUGACUCCCACACCCCUCGCAAUCAGGCUCCGGAUCCGGCAGCGCUCCUGCCCGUCCAGCUCCAGAAGAUCCUCGCAGACCCGGGCGCAUACUCCUAUCGCUGCGACUUGUGCAUCUCCAGACUGGCCUUGAAGCCCGGUGCGCUUCCCCAGACCCGGCCCCAUCCAAGACACGCUUUCCAGUUCGGAGCCAUCAACCAACACGCCGGCCUCGUGCCCCUCAAUGACCAAUCUCAACAUGGUGAUUACGGCGCCUUCGGCAUCGCUCUCAAUGCUCUCAUGAGCGGAAGACCCGCAGAUUGGGCCAAUGCUUACUCAAAACCUUCACGACACUCAAGAUGGUGGCCGAGCCCCCUCUCCAGAGAGGCCUUGCAACCAGAUGCACUGGCAGAGGUCUCUCCGGCCCCGAAGCACGUGGUCCCAUCUUGA